UCACCGCUCGCUUCGCUAGUUCAGUCACAGUUCGUCAUCAGUAGCCACUAGCCGCGAGUGUGUGUUACCGCCGCACUCGAAGACCUAAACGUAAUUUCAUUCGUAACAAAUCCGUAGUUUCGAAAAUCAUUCGGCGAUUUAAAUACAUAAUAUUAUACACAACAAUCUAAACGUAGUCAUAUAACUCGAGCGGAGAGCGUUAAACGGAUUUUAUUUUCUCGGACCACCGCCGCGCAUUACGGUACCUACAUCGUCAACAGCGGAUCGCAAGAUCGUUUUUUUAUUACUCCCGACGACGACGACCAAACAGAUCUCAUGGCACCCAACAUCAUCCGGCCCAGUCAAAUGUUGAUAUUCAACUCGGGCAUGUGCUACGUGGGACAGCGACACAUGGCAGCGGGGGACGUCGGCGGCGGAUCGUGCAUGUCGCCGAGAUCGCCGCCGGCCAAGCGGACGUACGUGAAAAACAUAUCGCCCGAGGAGAAAAUUUUGCGCAAAAAAUUACGAAACAGAGAAGCAGCACAGUUAUCUAGAGAUAAAAAGAAAGCACAAUUCAAUAUUUUGUCGGGAAUGGUUCAUGGUUUAAGAAAAGAGAACAUUCAUUUAAGAGAAGAAAUAGAAACUUUACGAGCCAACCAAGAACAGUUGAUCACAGAAAAUGAAAGGUUACGAGAACAACUUUCCACUGAGUCAACAAUACCAAAAUCAAUAGUUACAGAAUUCUGUACAACAGAAGUUAAUAACAAGAUUUCGAUUAAUGGACCUGCCGUGUCCAAUAGACACCCUCUGCAGAAGGGCAAACAGAAUCGAACAUCCUGUUUGAUGCUCUGUUAUCAGAUUCUAUUCCUAUUACUGACCAUUCCAUCCUACAUGAUCUCAAGCUUCCAGACGACGAUGACGAUAUGGACUGGCUUGACAACAAUGUAUCAAAACGUUUGGAGAAAAUUGCUGAUGAACUACUCGGCGAAAGUUUCCUUAAUGAAUGUUGUCUUGAUGAAAUGGUGGGGAGCACAUCAGAAAUCAUGGAAUCCGGCCAAAAUAUUAAUCUACUCAAUGCAGACAUAAAAGUAGAAGAUGAUUCACUAUUCAUGCUAGACACAGACACAGGCACAGACACAAUUACAGAUACAGUUAAAAUUCCAACUGAAGAAACGCACAUUAUGGUGCCAGAUGUGGUUAUUAAAUCUGAAAUUGAAGAAUAUUCUGAAGAUGAAAGUAACUCUUUGGAACGUUUUAUUAUCGUAGAAGAAGCUGUUGAAGAGGUAACUACAACUUAUGAUGAACAUAUACUUGAAAUAUGUCAGGAAGAUGAUGAUGACAUGGACACCGAACAUUAUGAAGAUAUUGGUUAUGAAUCGCUUAGCUCCCCUGAGUAUGAUUAUAGAACACGUUAUAGUACACCACCAAUAUUAACAGAUUUACUUUCAUAAAAAUAGUACCUAUAAUUAAAUUAAGAUACACAAUAUUAAAUUUAAAAUUUAACUUAAAUCUAUGUUAUUAUUGAUACACUUUUAUUACUUUAUUUAAUUUAUGUUAGUAUAAGCACACUGUAUUACUAUUGUAUACUUUCAUAUGAAAAUUUACGUGUCCUAUUAUAUAAUGUUGAAUAACAUUAAGUGUUUUAUUUAA